AUGUCUUCACUCUCCUUAUUUUUUGUUCCUAGUAAUAGAAAAGUACAUUUUGAAAUAGAUAUUCUCAUACAGGAAUUAAUAAAUGUACCGUUGGUAUCUGGGUCCUAUUAUAUCAAAUGGAAAUUAAAAAAUGGAGAAAGAACGAAUAGUAUGACUGAACGAGCCCCCAUUAAACAUCGUUCCAUUGCAUGGAACUAUAAAUUACAAAAUUCCGUUCAGAUAAUUAUCGGCAAGGAUGGGGUAUUAAUGCCUUGUGAAUUAAGCAUUAAGGUGAAGCAGGAAUUAAAUGGGGGAAAGGAAGUAAAUAAUAUCGGAAAGUUAUUAUUGAACCUUUCUGAAUACGUCGGAUUGAAUUCUGUGACCCAAAGGUAUUUACUACAGGAUAGUAAGAUUAACUCCACCCUUAAAUUGACGAUUAAUAUGAAACAAACAUCUGGAAAGGUUGGCUUUAAAGUACCAUCUAUCAAGAAACCUCAAAUUUUUGGAGGUAUUGCGGGAAUAAUAACAGAACGUACUGAACGCCAGGAUGACACUAGAUCACUGCGUGGACUAAGGCCAAAUUUCGGACAACAUUGUAUGGCGCGGUCUCGCUCGAACACCUCUCUCAGGUCAGCAUAUUACUCACAAGCGAACCAAACAACUCCUACUACUUCAUCAUUGGUUGCGAAUUCUUUCCUUCGUAAAGUUGGGGGCGAGUCAUCUACAGAUGUCGUGGAAGAUAUUUUCAUGGGGACAGCUAUUGUACGCGUCGACGCUGUAGAUGACAAUAAGUCGGAACAUAGCGCUUUCUUUUAA